GUGAGUCCUCUUGUCUCGCUCCGACAGCUUCGCCACACCGCGGGUUCGUUAGCCCGGUUUAGCUAACCUAGCUUCAUUUAAGAGCCGAUUUUAACUUCAUAACGAUGUCAAACAGCGCCGUUAAACGUCCAGGGGUCGGGGUCGGUGUCGGGGUGCUGGUGACAGACUCGGCCCACCCAGGCUGCGUCCUCCUCGGUAAACGGAGGAGUGCGGUGGGCAGAGGGACGUACCAGCUUCCCGGCGGUCAUCUGGAGUUCGGGGAGACGUGGGAGGAAUGCGCUCACAGAGAGGUGCUGGAGGAAGCCGGGGUGUGUUUGGUGAACAUCCGCUACGCGUCAGUGGUGAACGCCAUCCGGUUGGAGGAGCAGUACCACUACAUCACUAUAUUCAUGCAGGGGGAACUGGACAGGGAGCAGUCAGGGGAGCCAGAGAACCUGGAACCAGAGAAGAACGAGGGCUGGACGUGGACACGCUGGGAUGAGUUACCUCCAGAGCAGCAGCUGUUUCUGCCGCUGGCCGUUCUGAGACAACAAGGCUUCCAGCCGUUCAGGAACACACAAAGUCAACUCUGACACUCCCUGUAACACUGGAAACUCUAAUCCUUACCCAAAAGGAUUAACACAAACACCUUUUCAAAACUCAACCUCUGUAAUAACAUUACAAACGGUGUACAUAAUGCAUUCUUUUUUUUAUUUUGGGAAUUGAAGAUUGUCAGCUGGGAUUUUUUUUCCAGACUUGAAAAUCAACAAAUAAAUGCAGAUUUGAUAAAUGUA